AUGGCUAUGACUGUCGAUGAAAACUCAAAGAUGACACCAAAUCUCAACUCCAGUGAAGCCCCUGGUUUAGGCUCUGGCACUGCCUCUGUGCCCAACCCAGACGUGGCCCCUGUUCCUAUCUUGAAUUCACCUUUGAGGUCUGGUUUGCCUCUUGUUCCAGAUCUUAAUGCUGCUCUGAGUCCUGUUUCAGAGGGAGACCUUGGCCCGGUGCCUGAUACUCCCCCCAGACCACCUGGGGACACUAGAACCCUGGUUCCAGCCUCCCUCCAGACCCCCAGUUCUCACUCUGGUGAGGCUCAAGGCCUGGAUUUGAAUUACAUCUCAAAGUCUGACUCUGGUGGACCCGUUUGUCAAGCCUCAAAUCUCAUUCUGAACCCUGUUUCUACUGAGGUUCCUGCUCUGAGCUUGGGCAAUCAACCUGAGCCAAAUUCCAAGCAAGAUUUUUCCCUUUCAAGCAAGGUUUUUCAUUUGGGUCACAGUAACUCCAACCCAUUUAUAAAGCCCUGUUCAAAAGAGGCCUUAGUUAUGGGCCACACUACUUCCAGACCAGGCUCAAAAGCACUUCUUAUUCCAGACUUAAGUACUUCUUCAGAUCCUGACUCAAGAAAUGUCUCUAAGUUGGACCUGGAUGCUACUCCAGGGCCCCCCAUCCCAGACAGAAGUGAGACCAUCACUUUAACUUCCUGUAAUAUCUCUGGGUCUGUUUCUAAAGGAGCUCUGGGUGUAACCUGGAGCAAAAGCUCCAAGGGUACCAUUAAUGUGGUUUCAAAUGACAAUUCCAGAUCUCAGGGGAACAUGACCCUCACUAAGGCCUCAACUGUGACCCUGAAUCCCAGCUCCACCAAUGGUACCAGCUUGCACUCCAGCAUCUAUGCGCCCAACUCUACCCUCUCUCCACCUUCGUGCAUGACCCUAGUCCUGGGCCCCAGUGAGACUGCUAGCAUGGGUUCUAGCCUAGUUUUCAGCGACACCUCGACCUUGACACUGAGCAGCCAGCAGGAUUAUUCUGAGGACAACAGCAUUUACACUAUACCCGUGCAGCAUGGAAAUCUGGACAGCUGGAGAGGGGUGGUCAGCAUUGAGGUGGACAAGUUCCCACUGGAGUUCUCCACCCUUGACUCCAGGGAUAAGGAUACCACAGUGUUUCAAAGCAUCCCUGGCGGAGUCUUUGAUGAAGUGCCCUUGUGUCGGGUGAAGAUGUCCAGGAAGAGAGAGGAUGACAACAGCAUGGCUCUGGAUGAGGAUGCCAGCACCUUCCAGAAGAGUCAGAACCUGCUGGAAUCCGAAGGAGAGAAGAAGAUCAUGAUGAAUAAGAUGAUGAAGCAGAUCCAGGAGGAGCCGCUGGAUUCCCUCUUGACCUCCGUCCGGCGGCAGGCCAUGGACACCCUGACGCAACUGAGUCAUGCACAGCCAGUCCUGGGAGUGCGGGAGAGGUCAGAGCUGGUGAAGACGUGUGUGAAGAGCGUGUUCUCCUUGCCGUCCGUGCAGGUCAUGCAGGAGAAAGAUGAGGCCAAGGCUGAGGCCAUACAGAUACUUUACCAUCAAACCCUGGAUGCCCUGCAGACACUCCUCAAUGCCCUCUUUAUUGAGGACCCCACUCCUGCUGGGCUGAAGAGCAUCCUGGAGCCUCUGGGGUCCUGGAUGAACUCUGGGAAAGCCCACGAGAGAGCACGGGCUGUGAACAGCAAUGUUUCCGUGUUGAACCACACACUUCUGACACAGCCUCUCUUUAUGCCCUCGGGGUUCCCGACUCUGGGGCUUCUGCUGGGGAGGCUCAUCCUUCGCAUUGGGGAUCCUGAUGAGGAGAUUGGCCGGGAAGCUCUCGAUGGCAUCACCAUCCUUUAUACCAUCCUGGAGUUCCAAAAACGAACCAGAGACCAGGAGGACACCAACACCAAGGAGCUCUAUGAGAGCAACAAGCGCUUCCUGGGACCCUACAACUCCGCCAGCCCGUGCCAGAACAUUCUGCGUGUGAUCGCGGAAUUUGGGGACUUCCUGGGACCCCAAGAGGUCAAGGACCUGCUGCUGGCUGCCCUGGAGGGGCUGAAGGGUGACUCAGAGGCUCUCAGGAAGGACUCCGGAGAAAUGAUGCAGCUGGCCUCGGAAGUCACGCUCAGCUCGGUGCUGGAGUGGUACAGGCACAGGGCACUGGAGGUGAUCCCAGAAAUCAUGCAGGGUAUCUACGUGCAGCUGAGUCACAUCCAGGAGCCGCGGGCCCGUGAGGUGGCCCUGUUGCCCGUCUCCCUCCUGGCCAGCUCCUUCAUGACUGAGGUCGUUGUGGCCCUGCUCAUGUGCCCCCUCCCUCUGGACAGCAAUGGAGCCGAGAUGUGGAGGCAGCUGAUACUCCGCAAGCCCAGCUGUGAUGUCCGAGACCUCCUGGACCUGCUCCUCACCAGCCUGAAGGAGAAACCUGUCACCAAGAAAGGCCGGGCUUCCAUUGUGCCCCUAGCGUAUUCCUGCCAGGAGCUGUGCCGCAUCCUCUACCUGCUCAUCCCACUCCUGGAGCGAGGUGACGAGAAGCACAAGAUCACCGCCACUGCCUUCUUCGUGGAGCUCCUCCAGAUGGAGCAGGUGCGGCGGAUCCCUGAGGAGUACUCUCUGGGGCGGAUGGCAGAAGGCCUGAGCCACCGAGACCCGAUCAUGAAGGUGCUAUCUAUCCGAGGCCUGGUCAUCCUGGCCCGCAGGACUGAGAAGACAGCCAAGGUUCAGGCCCUCCUGCCCUCCAUGGUGAAGGGCCUGCAGAGUGUAGACGGGCAGUUGGUGGUGGAGGCAGCCCACAACCUCAAGACCAUCUUCAAGGGGCAGGAACGGAAACUUUCUGACUGCUCGGUCUAUGUGGAGAUGCUGCAGGUCCUGCUGCCACACUUCAAUGACUCACGAGAGGACGUGCGCGGCUCAUGCAUCAACCUCUAUGGAAAGAUGGUCCAGAAGCUGCGGUCCCCACCCACCUCGUCCAUGGAGGAACAGCUGAUCAGCACAUUGGUGCCUCUACUGCUUGUUAUGCAAGAGGGCAACACCACGGUGAGCCAGAAAUGUGUGAAGACGCUGUUCCGCUGUUCUUGCUUCAUGGGUUGGGAGUUGCCAAAAAGAGCUUACAGCCGAAAGCCCUGGGACAACCGUCAGAAGACAGUGUCCAAAAUCUGCAAGUACCUUGUAAACACUCACCGAGACAGUACCUUCAAGUUCCUCAGCCAGAGCCUAGAGUAUGCCAAGAACUCCAGGCCAUCGCUCCGGAAGUCCUCAGUCAUGUUCAUAGGUUUCCUGGUCCCCUGUAUGGAAAGCAUAAUGACAGAAGAUUAUCUGAAUGACGUGAAAGCUGCUCUGGAAAACUUAAGACAUGACCCAGAAGCAUCAGUGUGCAUCCAUGCGGCCCAAGCCCAGGACCAUAUCCUGGCCAGUUGCUGGCGGAACUCCUGGCCACUGCUGCAUGGGGACCCAUGGGUGUGUGACCCAGCCACCACGCAUCGCUGGAGCCCCAGCUGUGAGAACCUACCCACUUCCCACCAACGGCGCUCCUGGAUCAUGCAGGCAUUGGGUUCCUGGAAGAUGUCCUUGAAACAGUGA